UAUAAAGUGGGGGUAACUCUGAGGACUACAAACCCUUAGUUGAACUAUAUAUCUCCAAGCAAAUCGAUAUCCACUCAAAUAUUGACUUCGAGAUUGUGUGUGGUGUCCUGUGUGUCGCAGGCCGAAAUAUCAGUCAAGUUGCAAUGCGUUUUUAACAUCAUCUGAAACGAUAUUGUGGUAACGAGAGUAAUAAGUGUACGACAAUAAAUUAAACGUCCAAUCGGUGACAAACUGAGGGUCACAAUGAUUUUGGUGCCGAGUGUUGUGUUAAUAUUCCUGAUUGGAUACUCGUAUGCGAGCUUUAUACCGACACAGACCUCCUUCGACGAUCAUGGAGUACCGAGAUUGGAUUUGGAUAGUCUUGAGUCUGGUUAUCACGGUUUGGUGAAGGAAAAUGAGACUUUAGUGGAGGUGACCCCCCAGAUACGUGCACUGGGUGCAAAAAUUUGUUCGUUCCGCAUAGCGAAUAAACAUCACGGUGAUGCGCCCUUUGAAAUAAUCGUCAAAGAGAGAGGCAUUGCAAAAUUGAGGGCACUGAAAGUUCUCAAUUGUGAAAAACGACGGAAUUAUAAAUUCGAUAUAGCUGCUGUCGCUUGCAAUGGAGCACAAUCGGAAAAUGCCACUGUACACAUAACAGUGAUAGAUGUAAAUGAGUAUGCCCCUCAGUUUCUACAACCGGCCUAUGUUAGUACAGUGGACGAGGGUCGUCUCUACGAGGAAGUUGUUCGUGUUGAGGCAUCAGAUCGUGAUUGUACACCAAAAUUUGGCGACGUAUGUAAGUAUGAAAUUCUCACAGCUGAUCAACCAUUUGUCAUUGAUAAUGAAGGAGCAAUACGAAAUACUGAGCCACUGGAUUACGAAAGAUCACACAAUUAUAUUCUGAGUGUUGUUGCUUAUGAUUGUGGUAUGAAACAAUCAGCACCAGCAAUGGUAACAGUCAAAGUCAAUAGAGUUUGUUCACCUGGUUGGCGUGGUAUACCGGAGCGUGUUGAUUAUGCAGCUGGUGCUGGAUCUGAAGCAUUGAUACCAUCAGCAAGACUUGAACUCUGUGAUGCACCAUGUAUUUUGAGAAGUUUAAGGGCGACAUUGACAUUGACAACUGAUCACAUUGGCAAGGGAUGUGAUAGAGAUACUUAUGGAGUUAAUAGUCAGCGAAAACUAUGCGGUGCAUCUAAGAACAGUGUUGAUCUUCUUCCACCUCCUGGGCCGACAACCACUUGGACGUCUUCAUUGUCACGAGACGAGGGCAGGGAGGCUGAUGAAAUUUUUGAGUUUGAUGGAAGCAGUUCUGCUGCUAUUGUUCCACAAGAUGUUCUCAAUCAUACUUUGGCACAGAAAUUCACUAUUGGUGUUUGGAUUAAACAUCUACCACAUCCUAGACAGGAUCCACAUGUCAAAGAGCAUAUUCUUUGUGCUGCUGAUGAUCACAAAAUGAACCGCCAUCAUUAUGCUCUCUUUAUUCGCAAUUGCCGAUUGAUACUGCUCCUGCGACGAGAUUUCUCCGAAGGUGAUCCAAACAUAUUCCGUCCAGCAGAAUGGCGUUGGAAGCUUCCACAAGUAUGCGAUGAUCGUUGGCAUAAUUUUGCUAUACAAGUAGAUUUUCCUCGUGUUAGUCUGUUUAUUGACGGUGAAGAAUCGAACAGUGGAAAAAAAACUCCCGAGGUCAUAGAUGAUUGGCCCCUACAUCCAGCAAAAGAUGUCAAUACAACUCUCGUAGUAGGUGCAUGCUGGCAAGGUUCAGAUAACAAAACAAAACAUCAUUUCCGGGGUUAUCUGGCUGGUCUAUCAGUACUAGUUGGAGAAACUGAAAGAACAAAAGUAUUUACAUGUUUGCGUAGAUGUCAAGAGGGUAUUCAUGUACCCUCAAUGGAUCUUCUCCAACCCGGCACUCAGUUAUCAACAAAUUCCGAUUUAACUGAAGUAAAAAUUGAUGGUGAUAAUCAUACAAAUGUUGAAACACUUUUACGUCACAUUGGCUAUUCAAAUAGUCGUCGCUUCCCCACACCCGGACGACGUAAUUUCCGUUUAAAUACAACAAUCGUUUGCGAAGGUAGUGAAAAACGUCCUUUGACAAUACCAUCGGUACAAUCGUAUGUUACUGUUUUACCACCUCCUCGUCCAGGUAUAACAGUCAAUGGUACAUCGUAUGUUGCACGAGAAUAUUCUGAUUUUCGUUUAGGCGUUAGAGUAUUUCCAGAUGCACGUGUCACAGCUGGCACAGCAACGAAACUCGAUGCUUGUGCUGUUAGUGUUUAUCCAAGUUUAAAUCCAGAUCAUGAAACUCUUGGUUUACCAACAGAUACACUACAUCAAUUUAGAUCGAUAUCAACGAGAAUUGAUCACGAUGGUGUUGUAUUGUCAGGAGCUGAUACACCUUACAAAUAUCAACAACUCAUUCGUUUGAUAACAUAUACUAAUAGAAAACCAGCUUACUAUCUUGAUCGUGUUUUUAAACUCACUUGUUCAGAGCUCAAUGGUAGAUUUGCUAGUAAUGAAUAUGUACAGACACUAGCGGUUAUUCAUCCUAAGGAAAAACCAACUUCACCACCUCAUCAAUCAACUGAAACACCAGCAAUUGCUAAUAUAUUGGAGCCAUUGCCUGGACAUUCACAGUUGUCGAGACAUCACGCUGAUAUUUCGGAUGAAUAUUCAACUAUUAAUCUUCAUGAUGGAAGUAGAACACUCGCUGGUUCUGGUGGUAGUCAUGCAAUAACUAUUGUUGCUGCUGCAUGUAUUGGAUUUCUUUUGCUGAUGGCUGUUGUUGGGGCAGCUAGGGUACGUGGUGCUGCUAAACAGAGACGUACAGCUGGUGAUGAACUUGCAGCUGAAACUGAAAUGGCUUGGGAUGAUUCUGGGUUAGCUAUUACUGUCAAUCCCAUGGAUCGUUUGUCUGAUAAUCAUAACCAAAAUUCACAUCAGAGAGAUGAUGAUGCUGAUGAUUCUGGAACUUCUGAUUCGGAGGAUGAUUCAUUCAGAGAUGAUGAUCUUGAUACUACUGAUUGUGAGAAUGAUUGCGAUUUGACAAAUGGUAGACAUCGACGCCAUCAUAAUGCACCUCAUGAUCUUGAGUGGGAUCACGAUCAUGGAGUUUAAUCCUUGAGUCGAUUCAUGACAUUUCAUUAUUGAUAUCAUUUUUCAAUGAUUCGGUAUUAAGGGGAGUACUCAACGUUUUAAUAAUGUCAUGUGGAGAUGAACAUCAUUGAUAUCAUCGUUAUGAAAAAUCCCCAAUUUGUUUUUUCAGUAGACAAGUGGUAGAAGGAGUCAAGUCAUUUCGGACUGUCGACCAGUUUUUGGUGAAUAUCUCGAAAUCUAGGAGAGGUAGCGAAAUUUUCAUAGGAAUCGCUUUGGUGGAGCUAAUUAAGCGCUACGGAAAAGGUAAGGGCAAUAAUUUCGAUAUCUCCCAUACAUUCAGAGAUAUUGCUCAAAAACUCGAAUGGUCCGUCGACUUACUUCACUUUAUCACUUCUUAUCAUUUUAUAUUUUUCGUUUUUCCGUCUAUUUUAUGUAAUACGCAUCAAUACUCAUCGACUUUUUUUUACCACAAUCAUUCUGGAUGAAUGAUUCUUACAGAAUUAUAUCAUUUAACUCAACAAUUACUGCUUAUUUCGAGGUUUACAGAGGUGAUUCUAAAAAAAUGUCGUAUUAUAUCCGUCCCCGAUAGAUGGAAUUCUCAAGAAGUUAAUACAUAUUGGAUAUACAAUUAUAUGAAUUAUUAUAAUCGUUAGUACUCUGCUUAAGCACCGUUUAAACAGAACAAGAAAUUUAUAAAAGUGCGUGCACGCUUAUUUAAUAUAGGUUUACACUUUCUACCCACACUAUUUCGUCGCAUCGGCGAUUGGUAGAUUUUCAAUGGAAUAAUGUGUAUGCAAUCGAUGAUUAACAUAAUAAUAAUGAUAGAGAACAACAAUUCGCCAUCAUUCAUACUUACUGAGAAAAAACAUAAGUCUAAAUAUAUUUCAAUUUUUCACAUGUGGCCGGAAAUAGAGAAAUUUAUUUUCAGGUAAUGAAUCAUUGUUACUCUGCCAUAUCCAAGUUACUCGAUAGUAUUUAAUACUUAUCGCUAAUUUUAUCCAAUUCAUUAUAUUGAUUAUUAUUAUUGUUAUUGCAAAGGCUUGAUAAUAUAAGUUCGGUGGGGUUUAUUGGGAGUCACGAUCGUGUGCUUGGAAACUAACAGACGAUAAAACGUUGGAUAGGGAAGCAAAUAUAUAAUUAACGACAAGUCCGUUAGUUUACGCAUGAAUAAAUAAAGGGGCUGAGAUAAUCCCCAUUUUUGUUUCAAUAGUCAAACACGUUAAUUGAUGUUAAUUUAUAUUUGUUUUUUAGGGGCAGAUCAAGAUAGAGUAGAGUAAAAAAUCGAAUCUCUUGAUGAAUUUUAAAUGAAUAAUAACCCAUCUGACUUAUAAUUUUUGGCCGUGAAAUAGAAAUAUUAUAGCAUAUCCAUAUACAUUGAUAUUCAUCGAAUUUCUAUCCCGAUUAUUUCAUCUCAAAAUAAUACAUAAUGAUUUGACGCGAUCUGACCUGCCAUAUUAAAUUUUAAGUAAUUUAUUGCUAUUGUUUCGAUUUUUUUUUAAUGCUUUUGCAUUUUUUUUUACAAGUAAAUUCCUUCUGAUUUUUACAUUAUGACAACACUGUUUACAUGUACAUGCACGUAUGUAUUCCGACAAUUAAACCCUCUAAUUAUAUAUGCGUAUGUGCAGAAUAUUUAUAACUACAUACAUGAAAAUCCGCUCGUUUUUAAUUGCAAAUGUUAUUUUAUUUUGCAUUUUUAAGGUACAAUAUUACCUGCUUUUUCAUGAAAUUUAUUGCUCUCUAAUCCCAGUGAAAUUUAGGUAAAAAAAAAUAAGUUGAAGUGUGAUAACAAUUUUGACAUAAACUCAUGCGAAUGAUUUCUUUGUCCCCAGUGAAUUAUCAUAUAUUGCGUAGCGCAAUGCAACGUUAUUACAUUAAUUUGAUCAUUUUAUUUAAUGAAUGGAUUACAUAUGUAUGUAAUUAUAAUGAAAAAUCGAUCAUCAAAUGGAUAAUCCUAAUAAUUUGUGUAUGGAUAUCAAUACUUCAUAGAAUCUAUGAGACAAUUUAUUUUUUCAAUAUGCAUAUCAUAUCAUUUUUAUAGGACAACUGUCCCAUUUUUCAACAAAUGAACAUUGAAUGGAAAAAAAAAAAUUAAUAAAAUGUAAAAAAAAAAUGAAUGAGGAUAAGUGCAGACCUGUGCUAUCACAUCACUGUUGUGACGGCUGCAUGUACCACUGUUGCAUUAAUUUUGCUCAUAGUCUUUUUAAAAAUCUACGUUUUUAUUUUUUUCCCUGCCAACAAAUAAUACUCUACAAGUAUGCUAACUAAAACUCAACGUACAUUAAAUGAUUAUAACGAGAAAAUAAAUUAGUUGCAGACACCUGUAUCUCAAGUGAAAUUUGGACUGCAUCAAUAAUUGAACUAUUUUUUCCAAUAAUACAAGAUCUGCUUUUAUAAAUUUUACACUAAAAAAAUGAUAGUUUAUAUGAAUAAAGACUAUUAAUUGAAAGAAAUUAUUCGAAAAAUGAACAAUACUUAAUUUAUUCGUGUAAUCAGUAAAUGGAAUAUUGCAAUUUUCAUUCGAUAUUCAUAAAUAUGAGAUUAUAACUCAAAUAUUUUUCAAAUAGUUUCUAAUCUAAAUUAUAAAUUUCCACAGUCCUAGAAUUUUCAAGCUCUGUGAUUGAAAAUUUCAUUGUUUGUUAUUAACAAGAGCUUCAAUAGACAAAAUAUAUUUAUCGAUUGAGAUUUAAUUAUGACUGUGAAAAUAAAUAAACUCGUUCAUGCAUUUAAGUUCAAUAGCAUUUUUGGUUCAUUGAUUGUCGUAAGAGGAUAGAUAAAUUUGUUGUAUCCAUGGCAAAAAUACCUAGAUGAAUACACCAAGACGGAAAAUGUACUUAAACCGAAGUCACAAAUGGCAACUGUAGAUUGAACAAAUAAGAUUUAAACAAAAAAAAAAUGGAAAAACAAUUAAUUAGACUAUAUGGUGUAUUAAUGUAAUAAUAUACGAAAAAAAUGACUAAAUCGAUUGAAAAAAAAAUGAAUGAAUAUAUUAUAAAUAGUUUGUUUUUCCGGAAAAGUCGAUAUGAAUUAAUGAUCAUGUAAUUGUAUUUAUUAGACGUCAAAAUAUGCACAUCCACAUAUUUAUCAUAUAUGUGAAACCUAUAUUGAAUAAUCAGAUAUUAUAUGUGCUCGUAAUUAUUAUUUUUUUCACUAUUUUACUGUGAAAAAAUACAUUGACCGGAGAUUGUCAGCAAUUCACUCCCAGUGACGUGCAUAAACACGAUGAAAAAUUAUACGUAACGAAGUGAUAUUUGAAUGUUAAAAAUAACAUCUUUAAAACGACAAUUGUAAUAUCACGAUCUCAUUAAAUUGGGGUAAACAACUGAGAUUUACGAAUGCUUUGGAGCGCCGCAAUUUAGAGUAAUUGUGGAUAUAAAAUAUCAAAUGAAAAAAUGCAAAUAAUUUGCACACAAACUGGUUCCAUUAAUUAAAAAACUCGGCAUAAAAUUUAAUAAACUCAAGGUCUUCAAAACUCAUUAUAACCCACAAUGACGAUUAUGAUUCCAACGAUUGUAAUCAUUAUUGUGAUUAUAAUAUGAAAAUUUGUAAUGUUUUUUUCCGAACUUUGCUGAAAAGAUUUGAAUUGUCGGUGAUAACGUCUAUGAACAGUCGUUUGAUAUUGUGUAUCUGAAUUGAACAAUGGAAUUUGAAUAGUGGGCCGAUAAUUAGAAACAAAAAAUACUAGCGGUCAGUGAAAAAGAGCUAGCCUAUUACAGAAACAUUACUGCGAGCUAAUUUGAAUAUUCCCUCCUAAUGAAAAAAAAAAAAAAACAAGAGAAGAAUAUGAAAAAAAUAUGAGUAAUCGUAUUCUACCUGUAAGAUUAUUAUAAUAGCACAGUUAAGGAAUUAAUGAUAACGGUAAAUAACUAAUGAGAAAAAAAGAAUUAAAAAGAAUAAAAUUGAUUUAUCAUAUGCUAACCGUGUUUCCAUGAUAAUAAUAUACUGAUGGUAAGCGCUUUGACUUGCUUAGAAUCAAGAAUGAACAAUAAUAACAGAUGUAAGUAAAAUGGUAAAGGUCUGGUGUUAAUGGUGGAGACAGAGAAGAGAGAAAUUUCAACGUCAAUCUAUCAGUUUAUGACGCACAGAACGUGUCAAAUUACUCAAGUUGAUUAAUCCAUUGUACGAGAAAGGAAUAAAUAUGAAAAUUCGAAUUGGUAAUGUGCGAUAAUUAUCGUUAGCAAUUGUAGAGCAUACACGCGCAUAUAGAAGCUGCACAGAUUAUAAUUAUAGAGUAUUACCUAAACACACAUAUAAAUACCACUAAGACAUCAACUGUAUUUGUUUAAUAAAGAUGUACAUUCGAAAAAAAAA